AUGGCUAACGAGGGGUUCGCGAAACCAUGGCUUGAGUUCGAAGAGGAGCUUGGCGAGCGCAUACUCUUGAAUCCACCCAUCUCAAACAUGACAGAGCAGUUCAUGCGAUAUGGCAGCCUCAUGGCGUCGAGAUACACGUUUCCCGAACCCGACCUUUCCGUAAAGACCGAAGAUACGACAACCAGUCACGGGACCAAGGUGCGCAUUUACACGCCUGACGGCUAUACCGGUGGAAAGCCGGUGUGCAUGUACUACCACGGCGGCGGAUGGGCUAUGGGCGACGUGAACGGAGAUGAUCCAUUCAGCAGGGCAAUUUCAAAAGCCGGAGGCAUAGUGGUUGUGUCUGUCGAAUAUGGCCUCGCACCAGAUAACAAGCACCAAGACUUAAUGGACGAAUGCUUCAACGCUUUACGAUGGGCGUUGGACAACUCGAAGCGGCUAAACACCACCGAAGGGAAGUUUCUCACUGCCGGGCUUUCAGCUGGCGGUCAACUUGCUUUCGCCGUUGCGCUGAGAGCCCGGGAUGCAAGCAUAGAUGGACUGGUUGGUGUUGUCGCACUCAUACCCGUGACUGUGCACCCGGAUGGUGUUCCAGAGAAACUUCAAUCUGGGUACACGGCGAUGGAGGAGCAUGAUCAGCACACUGUUAACACUGCGGGAGCGAUGAGAGACUUCUGGAAGGCUUUUGGUGCUCCACCAACGGAUACAUACGGAUCGCCCCUUCUUCAUCCUGGAAUCAAGGACUUGAAGAAGGUUUACAUGGCUGUUGCGGGACAUGACACACUGAGAGACGACGGUGUGCUCAUGAAAAAGAUGCUAGAAGAUGCUCGUGUGCCCGUUAAAUUUGAUUUCUACGAUGGCUAUCCACAUUUCUUCUUCGCUUGGCCUUCUCCGAAGCUUGCUGAGCCGCAGAAACAGUUCAUGGAUAACUUGGCUGAGGGUGUGAAGUAUGUGUUAGCGGAGUAG